CGUUACAGCGAGCUUUGAGCUUUGAGAGAGAAAGCUAAACCCUCUCUCUAUAAGACAAACAAACGUCUGAAAACCCACCAAACCAACCUUUCUUAUUUUCCAAUUUUCCACUCCGCUCCAGUAGAACGUUGCCAAGUCCUUUCAGACACGUCCCCUCCACCUCUCUUCUUCUCCCACACAAAAACACAUACAACACAAAACCCAUCACAGCAAGCUUUUGUAGCUGAUGAUAAUCAAAGCCUAACUGCAUGGAUUUGUUAGCGAAGUUUACGUUAAUUUUUACUCGUGCUGUUGGCUGUUCUUGAACAACAUGUUGGUGUUUAUGGACGGUUUGUGGUGGAGACGGGUAGUAUUAAAGUUCUGUAUCCAAUGACUGUAAAGGGUAAGCAUGAUGGUGCUAUUGGAAACUUUGGUCUGCCGGACUAUGGAGGCUCCUUAGUGGGUACUGGGUACUGUGGUGUAUCCUGAGAAAGGGUCUACUGGGUGUGAGGCUUUUGAGGGUGAUAAGCCUUUCCGGUCUCAGAAGUCUCGCCCCACUAUUGUAGUUCUUGAUCGUGGCGGUUGCUACUUUUGUUUGAAGGUGUGGAAUGCUCAAGAGGCAGGAGCUACAGCCGUUUUAGUGGCUGACAAUGUUGAAGAGCCUCUAAUUACAAUGGACUCCCCAGAGGAGAGCACUGAUGCAGAUGGUUACAUAGAGAAGAUUGGAAUUCCAUCAGCUUUGAUAGAGAAAUCAUUUGGUGACAGCUUGAAGAAUGCUGUGAAAAACAGCGAAGAUAUUGUAGUAAAACUUGACUGGAGAGAGUCACCUGAUCAAAGAGUUGAAUAUGAGUUCUGGACAAACAGCAAUGACGUAUGCGGGGCUUGCUGUGAUGAGAAAAUGAGAUCUGUCAAAAAUUUCAGGGGUCAUACUAUAUAACUUGAUUGGGUUAUAUAGUAUGAGAAAGGGGGUUACACCCUCUACACUCCACACUAUAUAACUUGGUAUUGUCCCUAGGCUUUUGUCCUUACCGCUCAAUGCAAGUCUCAAUGCAUAAACGAGGGGAGAUACUGUGCAUUAGAUCCGGAGGAAAAUUUCGGAGACGGGUACCAAGGGAAGGAUGUGGUAUUUGAGAACUUGAGGCAGCUUUGUGUGCAUAGAGUGACAAGGAGAGAAACCGGUCACGGGUCUGGUGGGAUUAUGUGACAGACUUCCAUAUCAGAUGUUCCAUGAAAGAAAAGCGUUACAGUAAAGAAUGUGCUGAGGAUGUCAUGAAAUCACUUGAUUUGCCUAUUGACCAGAUAAAAAAAUGCAUGGCCAAUCCUGAAGAUGAUGUGGAGAAAGAAGUGCUUAAAGCUGAACAAGAAAUCCAGGUUGGUCGAGGAUCUCGUGGUGAUGUUACCAUCUUGCCAACAUUGGUGCUUAAGAAUGUUCAAUAUCGAGGAAAACUGGAACGAAGUGGGGUCCUAAAGGCGGUAUGUGCUGGAUUCAAGGAGACAACUGAACCCCAAAUUUGUUUGAACGGAGGUGAGCCUUUUGAGGUUUGGAUAAUGUACUUGAAAGGAAUCAACAAAACUUACAGUUUAUGAGAGAACUUGAAGAAGAAGAAACAGAAUUGUAUUGCAAGAUGAAUUCCCGAAUACAAUGAAUAACUGCAGCUUUAGUUCUUUUAGAAGAGAGCAACAAAGAGUGCUUGUUUCAACCGGGAGGAAGCAAUGGCAGGGAUUGACAUUGCUGAUAGCUUCUAUUGGAGUACUGAUCCAAUAUUUAUAAAUUGGUUAUUAUUAUCCUUUUGGAGGCCUUGUGAUGUUAGGAAUGAGCUGUCUAAAGUAGUGCUUGCUAGCUGUGGCUUUGGAUACCUUAUAGAUAAUGACUGAAGAAUUGGACAGCUCCUAGCCUGGUUUAUUCACCUAUAUAUGUACUAGUCGGUUACCAUGUUUAAUUAUGAUAUAUCACAGCUUUAUCUUUCUUCUGCUAUUUCCUCGCUCUCUUCUUGUAUUUUUGGGUUUGGACCCUUAUUAUCUGGUAUCAAAGCCUAGUUAUCAUGGGACCGGCGCGUAAGGGCGGCACCACCCAUCCUACGUCGAAGGAUCUUUCAGCGGUGGAAAUGGAUUCUUUGGCGCAACAGACAGUGGCCGAAGCCCAACUUCAAGCAGUUCGCGACUCUGUCGACGAGAUUCGUGCUUCUCACGAGCGUAUGCGUUCUGAGAACGCUGAAAUUCAAGCUCAGAACGCUGAAUUUCAGUCUCAGUUGCUCGACGAACUUCGUGCUCUUCGGGUUAUAUCGGUGAAUCAUUCUUCACCGGCUCCGUUGUCUCCUAACCCGCUGCAAUUUGGAUCUAUCCCAUCUUCUGAACCGUCUACUUCUACGGUUUCGGCUCCUUCACCUAUUUACCCUCACGGUCUGGGUAUUUUGAGCUUCACUCCCGGUGAAAUUUCUUCAGGUAUAAUCGUUUCUUUGACAGCUACUACUCUGCCCAUAUCUAAUUCUCCUGCUAAUACUCAUGUUAAUUCUGGAGCUAGUGCUAGUAUUCUACGUGGUAAAAUGGUUGCUACUUGUGGUAGUCCUGUUGUUGUUAGUGAUGUUCCUAGUGGUCUUGCUUAUACUGAUUUCAAUUUUCCUAAUCAUGUAUCGCAUUCAUCCAAUAUUCCUGUUCCAAGCAUGGGUUACCCAGGGUUCCAUUCUCAUAAUAUGCCUGCUCCUACUAUGGGUUAUAUACUUGGCAAUUCUUUUCAUGGUGGUUCCAUGCCUCUUGGUCCUUCUGGUGCCUCUUCAUACUACCCUCAGUGGCAGGCUAAUUCUAGCAGCGAUAAUGUUUCGCAAUGGCAUGCAUACCCCAGCAACAAUAAUGGACCACAAAAUAGACCCACCUUGCCUUUUGCUGUGAACCAUUAUCUUACCACUCAGUCACCAACUCAACCACAUACCGUUCAAGCUCCAGCUACUUACUCCACCUAUCCUACAUCUUAUCCUCAGUUUCACCAACCACAAAUUCACAACCAUAAGUAUCAACCUCAGGGUGCUCAAUUUCCGUUGCAACCAGACAUGGAUCCCAACCUCCCUACAAUGAGACAGAUGCGUCUUGACUUCCAGACUUUUGGUGGUGGUGACCCGCUUCAUUGGCUGAAUAAGGCGGAGCAGUACUUUGACUUGUAUCAAAUACCUGAAGCUCGCAGAGUUGCUAUUGCUGCAAUGCAUCUCGUGGAUGAGGCUGCAGAUGUAUGGCAUUUAUUUCGGCAUCAUUAUCCAGGCACUUGGGUUGGUUUUACUGAACUUUUGAUGAGGGAAUUUGGUUCUCACAAUCGAACAGAUUAUCAAGCUGCAUUGACAAAGUUAUCUCAAUCUGGGACUGUUAGUGAAUUUAAGUCACAAUUUAACAAAUAUGCCAGACGAGCACCUGGAUUUUCUGAUGAUAUUCUGUUGGCUUGUUUCUUGGGUGGUCUCAAAGAGGAUAUUAGUGUGGAUGUGAGGGCAAUGAGGCCCACGUCUCUUUAUCAAGCAUAUGAAUUAGCUAUGAUUUUUGAAGAGAGGCAUAUGAGGCAGCGAGGAGGAGUUUCUCAGAGAGUUCAAGUUUCCAGCUCAACCCCAACCUAUAAUCAACGAAGCACCAAUUUUUCUUCUUCUAGUGGCAGAAACUCAUCGCUUCCAUCCAACAGAUUUACUUCUGCUCAAGGGACGAGGUCGAAUAUGCACACAUCUAGCUCUACUUCAGCUGACAGAAAAUUGUCUCAGCAUGACUACCAUGAUAGAAGGGCAAGAGGCCUUUGUUUCUUUUGUGAUGAACCUUAUAAGGGUGGUCAUGUUUGCAAGAAGACAUCUGGGCAGGGAAGAGCCUUACUAAUUGAAGGGAUUCCAGAAGAAAGUGAACUUGUCACACCCCCACCUGAACUUGAAGAGGGUGAUUCAGAGGGAACAAGUAGGGAUAGGAAACUUGAUGAACUCACAGUAUCACUACAUGUUAUUGGUGACAUUGACAAUCCCAGAACCAUGCAACUAAAAGGAAGGUAUAACAAUAAGUCGGUUCAUGUAUUGAUUGAUGGGGGGGCAACUCACUCAUUUAUUCAUCCUAGUUUGUUGCAUAAUACUAGUCAGCAGGUAAAUAAAUUGAGUUCUUUGAAAGUGGUAGUAGCAACCGGACCACAUGUCAAAACCUCUGGAAAAAUGCAAUUAGAGAUGCAGUUACAAGGGACACCCAUCGACACGGAGGUAUUUGUGUUACCUAUCAAUGGUUGUGAAGUGCUUCUGGGAGCUUCGUGGUUAAGGACACUUGGUGAUAUUAUCUGGAACUAUGAGAAAAUGACUAUGAAGUUUUCUGUACAAGGUAGAGAAUUUAUGUUGCAAGGUAUCCUUGAUAAUGACACUGCCUUGGUGAGUGGCGCUACAAUGACUAAACUUUUGAAACAAGAAAAACAAGCAAUGCUCAUACAAUUGAUGGAGAUUUCGAGUGCGGACAAUGGUUCCUUGAAUUUUGUAGAUCCUGCUAUAGUGACAUUAAUCAACAAGUUUGCUACCCUUUUUGAUAAGUCUACCAGUUUACCCCCACAUAGAAGGCAAGACCAUAGAAUUGAGCUUCUACCAGGAACUACUCUAGUAAGUGUCAGGCCUUAUCGGUAUCCUCAAUUUCAAAAGAAUGAGGUCGAAAAAAUCUGCAACGAGUUACUGGUGGAAAAACAGAUCCAACAUAGCACAAGUCCUUUCUCCUCUCCUGUUAUUCUAGUCAAGAAAAAGGAUGGCAGCAAUAGAAUGUGUGUGGACUAUCGAUCUCUUAAUGUGGUGACAGUUAAAGACAAGUUUCCCAUUCCGGUGGUCGACGAACUCUUAGAUGAGUUACAUGGAGCAGUGUACUUCACCAAGUUAGACUUACGGUCUGGAUACCACCAAAUCCGUAUGCACCCUAAGGAUGUGCAUAAAACAGCUUUCAGGACUCAUCAAGGGCAUUACGAAUUUUUAGUUAUGCCAUUUGGUCUCACCCCUUCAACUUUCCAAUCCUUGAUGAACGAAGUAUUUCAUGACUUCUUAAGAAAAUUUGUUUUGGUAUUUUUUGACGACAUAUUGAUCUACAGCAAGUCGUUGGAAGAACAUCUAAUGCAUCUCUCUCGGGUAUUCUCAAGGUUAGAAGACAAUCAACUUAAGGUAAAACUGAGCAAGUGUGCUUUCGGUACAAAGAGUGUGGAAUAUUUAGGUCAUAUCAUCUCAGAUAAGGGAGUUUCAGUUGAUCCGGAAAAGAUUGAGGCCAUAAGGAAUUGGAAGAAGCGCAUGACUUUAAAGGGAUUACGGGCAUUCUUGGGGUUAUCUGGUUACUAUCGCAAAUUCUGCAAAAAAUUAUGGUAUUACUGCCAAACCAUUAACGAACAUGCUUCAGAAGGACAACUUCAAGUGGACUCUAGAAGCCGAAAAAGCUUUUGAAGAUUUGAAGUUGGCUAUGACAACCACUCCAAUACUUGCACUCCCUGAUUUUUCAAAGGAAUUCACUGUGGAGUGUGAUGCUUCUGGUCAUGGUUUGGGAGCAGUUUUGUCUCAAGAGGGACAUCCCAUUGCUUAUCUCAGUAAGACUUUGGCUCCGAAACAUCUCGCAUUAAGUGUUUACGACAAAGAGAUGAUGGCAGUGGUGUUUGCGGUUCAGCAUUGGAGGCCUUACUUGUUAGGACACCGUUUCAAGAUCCUCACUGAUCAUAGGACUAUCCAAUACUUUCUCAACCAAAGAAUCACUACGCCGGCACAACAAAAGUGGUUGCUCAAAUUGUUAGGAUAUGACUACAGUAUUGCUUAUAGAGCUGGACCCCAAAAUAUUGUUCCUGAUGCACUUUCAAGACAAGCUGAGCUCAAUUCUUUGAUGGGAAUUUCAAGUCCUGUCAUGGACUUCAUGAAGGAAAUUGCUGCUAUAUGUCAUACUCAUCCUGACACCAUAAAAGUAGUGAGUGACAUUGAGAACGGUACUUCUUCACAAAAGAAUUUCACUAUCAUGAAUGGUCAGUUGAUGUAUAAGAAGAGAUUCUUUGUCCCAAAUGUUGAUGAUUGGAGAGUCAAGAUAAUCAAGGAACUGCAUUGUGGGAAAGAAGGGGGUCAUUCAGGAUGGUUGAGAACCUACAAAAGGAUCUCAAGGAGUUUUUUGUGGCCUGGUAUUAAGAAACAAGUGAAAACCUUUGUUUCCGAGUGUAUGGUUUGUCAACAAGUCCACUAUGAAACUAUAGCACCUCCUGGCCUACUUCAACCUAAUCCCAUUCCUUCUGGUUUUUGGACUGACAUAUCAAUGGACUUCAUCGAUGGUCUUCCUCGAGUUGCAGGUAAGGAUUCUAUUUUGGUUGUUGUGGACAGAUUAACUAAAUAUGGACAUUUUGUUGCUCUUAGCCAUCCUUAUACUGCAAGGUCUGUGGCUGAAUCCUUUAUCAAAGAAAUAUUUAGAUUGCAUGGAAUGCCGGAAAAUAUCAUCAGUGACAGAGAUCCUAUUUUUCUGAGUGCUUUCUGGAAGGAUUUCUUUGAAUUGCAGGGUUCUAAGCUUUGUAUGAGCACGUCCUACCAUCCUCAAACUGAUGGCCAGACAGAGUGUCUAAACAGAGUCUUAGAGCAAUAUCUCAGGUGCGUAAUAUGUGAGUAGAAGGAGCAGUGGCCUGAGAUUUUACCGUGGGCCGAGUGGUGGUAUAAUACUACCUACCACUCAGCAAUCAAGAUGAUUCCAUAUGAAGCUUUAUAUGGGGUGCCCCCUCCUCGAAUUCAAACUUAUGUUCCUGGUUCUACAUCAGUACAUCAGGUGGAUAUCACGCUAAAGAAUAGGGAUGAUCUUUUGGCUUUAUUGAAGACAAAUUUGCAGCAAGCUCAGGGACGGAUGAAAACUUAUUAUGAUAAGCAUCACACAGAGAGGGAAUUUGCUGUUGGUGACUUUGUGUUCUUGAAGCUUCAACCUUAUAGACAGAGGUCUGUUCAAGUAAGAAAAUCUUAUAAAUUGUCUUUGUGUUCUUGAAGCUUCAACCUUAUAGACAGAGGUCUGUUCAAGUAAGAAAAUCUUAUAAAUUGUCACCCAAGUACUUUGGACCAUUUCAAGUGAUUGAGAGGAUUGGAAAGGUUGCUUAUAAGCUUCAGCUCCCAGCUACUGCUAAAGUGCACCCAGUUUUUCAUGUAUCCCUACUUAAGAAAAAGCUUGGAGAUUCUGUGGUUCCUUCCCCAAAUCUGCCUCCCAACUUGGACUCAAACAAGGAGAAUUGGGUUCCUGCUAAGAUUUUGGAGAGAGCUUUAUUUAAAAGGGUAAUUCACCUGAAGUGCGUUGGUUGGUUCAAUGGAAAAAUAGCUCGAAGGAGGAUGCUACUUGGGAGAGUGCUGAGUCUUUUCAACUUCGAUUUCCUGAGUUCAAGGGUUAGAUCAUGCAAUGUUUGAAUGGGGGAUGGGAUAUUGGAGUACUGAUCCAAUAUUUAUAAAUUGGUUAUUAUUAUCCUUUUGGAGGCCUUGUGAUGUUAGGAAUGAGCUGUCUAAAGUAGUGCUUGCUAGCUGUGGCUUUGGAUACCUUAUAGAUAAUGACUGAAGAAUUGGACAGGUGUCCAAUUCUUCCUCCUAGCCUGGUUUAUUCACCUAUAUAUACUAGUCGGUUACCAUGUUUAAUUAUGAUA